AUGAUUGCAACGUUGCUUUUGUUUAAGCCCUACAGAUUAAAUGGCUCAGUCAAACGUGAUGAGCGAGAGCUCUCCUUUAUUAACGAGCCAUGUUGUGAUACCAACUUGGGAUCUCUUAGACUUCGAAAGGCUGAUUUCAGUGUAUUAUACCUAGUGUCUUCUUCAGUCUUAAUUAUGCACAAUUCGUUUUGCAACAAAAACUACACGAGGUGCCUCUCAAACUCUUGCCAAAACAGUUCUGCGUGCAGGGGCUUUCCACAAGACAACUGUUGUCCAGACAUAGACAAUAAUUUGGACAAAGAGUGUGAAGAUGGCAAAGACCCUUGCUUCUCCAAUCCCUGCCAAAGAAACGGCACAUGUGUGACUGUUCCAGGAGGAAGGAGCUUCCUGUGCCAAUGUCCCCCGGGCUACAGUGGGCUGACCUGUGAAACAGCCACCAAUUCCUGUGGAGGGAACUCCUGCCAAAAUGGAGGCACCUGCCGUAGAGACCUGGAGCACUCCAUUUGUGUCUGCCCUGCCGGAUAUGCUGGAAGGUUCUGCGAGGUAGAUCACAACGAGUGUGCCUCCAGCCCUUGCCACAAUGGGGCUGUGUGCCAGGAUGGAGUCAAUGGCUACUCCUGCUUCUGUGUGCCUGGAUACCAAGGCAGGCAUUGCGACGUGGAAGUGGAUGAAUGUGUCUCUGACCCCUGCCUGAAUGAGGCUCUGUGCCUCAAUGAGAUAGGGAGAUACACUUGUGUCUGCCCUCGAGGGUAUUCUGGUGUGAACUGUGGGAUGGAAACUGACGAAUGUGGAUCCCAGCCUUGCCUCCAUGGUGCUACGUGUCAGGAUGCUCUUGGGGCUUACUUCUGUGACUGUGCACCUGGAUUCCUUGGAGAUCGCUGUGAAUUCAACUUUGAUGAAUGUGCCAGUCAGCCAUGUCUCCAUGGAGGUCUGUGUGUGGAUGGAGGAAACAGCUACCACUGUGACUGCAUGGGCAGUGGUUUCACGGGGACACAUUGUGAGAAUUUGAUGCCUGUUUGUUGGUCAAAGCCUUGUCACAAUAAUGCUACCUGUGAAGACGCCGGUAACGGCUACAUUUGUCACUGCUGGCCUGGAUACACAGGUACCCUGUGUGAGACGGACAUAAAUGAAUGCAGUAGCAACCCCUGCCAAUUUGAGGGGGAAUGUGCCGAACUGUCCUCAGAGGAUCUGUACGGACACGUUGCUGGCCUGCCUCCCUCCUUCAGCUACCUUGGAGCGGCGGGUUACAUUUGUAUCUGUCAGCCUGGAUUCACAGGAAUCCACUGCGAAGAAGACAUCGAUGAAUGUCUAUCAAACCCUUGCCAAAACGGUGGUACUUGUGAGAACCUGCCUGGGAAUUAUACUUGCCAUUGCCCCUUUGACGACGUUUCUGGGGCAUUUUAUGGAGGAGAAGACUGUUCUGAAGUUCUUCUGGGCUGCUCUCGUGGCCGGUGUCUCAAUGAUGGAAAAUGCAUCCCUCACCUGGAGAACGGCCAGCAUGGCUUCACCUGCCAAUGUCCUUCUGGCUCUGCGGGGUCCCUGUGUGAAACCGACACCACACUCUCUUUCGAGAGCAACAGUUUCCUGUGGGUCACAAGUGGCUCGCGUACAACACUGCAGUCAGAAUGUAGUGUAUCCUUGAGGUUCCAGACUGUUCAACCAAACACACUUCUCCUUUUCCGAGGCAACGGGGACACGUCUAUGAAGCUGGAGUUGCUGAACGGCUUUGUUCACUUGUCACUCCAAGUCCAGAACCAGUCAAAGGCGCUUUUGUAUGUCCCCCAGAACACUAGCGAUGGAGAAUGGCAUUUGGUGGAGGUAACGUUUGCAGAAACUAUAACCCUUACCCUGACCGGCAGCUCUUGCAAGGGGAAGUGCUCAUCUAAGACUUCUUUUCCAGUUGGGAAUCGGCAAUCACUUUGUGCUUCUCAGAACUCUUUUUUGGGUGGCUUACCAGUGGGAUCAACCGGCAACAGUGUGUCUGGGCUUGACGUCUAUAAUGAGCCAUCGACGCCUUCCUUUGUGGGCUGUCUCCAAGAUGUUCAAUUUGAUUUGAGCCACAUUACUCUGGAGAACGUUCCGUCUGCCCUGUCACUAAAUGUCAAAGCAGGCUGCAUGAGAAAGGACUGGUGUGAAAGUCAACCUUGUCAAAACAGAGGACACUGCAUCAACUUGUGGCAGGGUUAUCGGUGUGAAUGUGACAGGCCCUAUACAGGCUCCAACUGCCUGGAAGAGUAUGUAGCAGGAAGGUUUGGCCAGGAUGACGACUCCCCUGGAUAUGCCAUCUUCAAUCUUGAUGAUGAUUAUGGACAGAACCUCAGCCUCUCCAUGUUUGUUAGAACUCGUCGACCAUCGGGCUUACUUCUGGCUUUGGAAAAUAGUACUUACCAGUAUGUGAGUGUCUGGCUAGAGCGCGGCCGCCUGGCACUGCAGACCCCAGGCCCUCCCAAGUUAGUAUUAAAUUUUUUUCUUAGUGAUGGAAAUGCCCACUUAAUAUCUUUGAGGAUCAGACCGAAUGAAAUUGAGCUGUAUCAGUCUUCCCAAACCUUAGGAUUCAUUUCUGUCCCUUCAUGGACAAUUCAAAGAGGAGAUGCCAUCUUCAUUGGUGGCCUACCUGACAGACAGAAGACUGAGCCAUAUGGUGGCUUUUUCAAAGGCUGUAUUCAAGAUGUGAGACUAAACAACCGAAAUCUGGACUUCUUCCCCAAGUCAACAAACAACGGAGGUGAUGAUCCAAUCCUUGUCAAUGUGACUCAAGGCUGUCCUGGAGACAACAUUUGCAAGUCCAGCCCCUGUCAUAAUGGAGGUGUCUGCUAUUCCCUGUGGGAUGACUUCUCCUGUUCCUGCCCUGCAAACACGGCGGGGAAAACCUGCGAGGAAGUUCACUGGUGUCAUCUCAGCCCAUGUCCCCCCAGUGCACAGUGCCAGCUGGUCCCUCAAGGGUUUGAAUGUGUUGCAAAUGCUGUUUUCAGUGGCCUAAGAAGGGCAAUAUUGUUCAGAAGCAAUGGGAACAUUACCAGAGAGCUCACCAACAUCACAUUUGGUUUCAGAACACGUGAGGCAAAUGUAAUGAUACUGCACGCAGAGAAAGAGCCGGAGUUCAUUAAUAUCAGCGUUCAAGACUCCAGAUUGCUAUUUCAAUUGCAAAGUGGCAACAGCUUCUUUGUGCUGCGGCUGAUGAGCCUGCAGUCGGUGAGUGACGGCACAUGGCACCAAGUGACGCUUUCCAUGACAGACCCACUGGCCCAGACCUCCCCGUGGCAAAUGGAGGUGGACAACCUAACACCUCUUGUGACCAGCACAAUUGCUACUGGAACCCUGAACUUCCUGAAGGACAGUACGGACAUCUAUGUGGGUGGCCAAGCCACCGACAGUACAAAUGGUCUGCAGGGCUGUCUGAGCACAAUAGGAAUCGGAGGUAUAUACCUCUCUUACUUUGGAGAUCUCCACAGUUUCGUUAAUAAGCCUCAGGAAGAGCAGUUUCUCAAAGUCUCUACAAACGUGGUCCUUACUGGCUGCUUGCCACUAGAUGCCUGCCACUCCAGCCCCUGUUUGCAUGGAGGAAACUGUGAAGACAGCUAUAGCUCCUAUCAGUGUUCCUGUCUCUUGGGAUGGUCGGGGACACGCUGUGAAAUCAACGUCGAUGAGUGCUUCUCUAACCCCUGUAUCCAUGGCAACUGCUCUGAUGGAGUUGCAGCCUACCACUGCAGGUGUGAGCCUGGAUACACGGGUGUGAACUGCGAAGUGGAUACGGACAACUGCAGGAAUCAUCGGUGUGCAAAUGGGGCCACCUGCGUCAGUGGGGCUCAUGGCUAUUCCUGUCUCUGUCUUGGGAAUUUUACAGGGAGAUUCUGCAGACACAGCCGAUUACCCUCGACAGCCUGUGGGAACGAGAAGACAAAUCUCACUUGCUACAAUGGAGGCAACUGCACCGAGGUCCAGGAGGACCGGAUAUGUGUGUGCCGGCCAGGUUUCGCCGGAGAGUGGUGUGACGAGGACAUCGAUGAGUGUGCUUCCGAUCCCUGCCUCCACGGAGGCCUGUGCAGGGACUUGGUCAACAGGUUCCAGUGCAUCUGUGAUGCGGCCUUCGCGGGCGAGCGCUGUGAGCUGGACCUGCCUGAUGACGGGCUGGUGGGCAUUUUCACCGCCAUAGGCUCGGGGACCUUGGCCCUGUUAUUCAUCCUCCUGGUUGCAGCUGUUGCUUCUCUUGUGGCUUCCAACAAAAGGGCAACUCAAGGAACCUACAGCCCCAGUGGGCAGGAAAAGGCUGGCCCUCGAGUGGAAAUGUGGAGCAGGAUGCCUCCCCCGGCUCUGGAAAGACUCGUCUAA